AUGGCGGAUUUGGAGUCUCACAAUGAUACUCAUGGGUACUCUAAUAGCACAGUGCUUACUACAUUUGCAGCUGCCACAAAGCUGGUGCUGUCUACUCCUGCAAAACCAAUUAUUCCUAUACAGACUGGGGUACAGGCUCAGCAAGAGGAGCAGUCCAGCGGCAUGUCUAUAUUUUUUACAUUGCUAGUGCUAGCCAUUUGCAUCGUAUUGGUGCAUCUACUUAUCAAAUACAGGCUUCAUUUCAUGCCGGAGAGUGUUGCAGUUGUCUCAUUAGGAAUUUUAAUUGGAGCUGUAAUAAAGAUCAUAGAGUCUCAAAAACUAGCCAAUUGGAAGGAAGAAGAAAUGUUUCGACCAAAUAUGUUUUUUUUGCUUUUGCUCCCACCUAUUAUUUUUGAGUCUGGCUACUCAUUACACAAGGGAAAUUUCUUUCAAAACAUAGGGUCAAUCACCCUUUUUGCUGUAUUUGGUACAGCUAUUUCAGCUUUCAUCGUAGGAGGUGGGAUAUUCUUUUUAGGCAAGCUUUGCUUUCGGCUCGUUGAUAUCUGCUGUGGAUCCAGUAGCCACCAUUGCAAUCUUUAAUGCCCUUAAUGUGGACCCUGUACUCAACAUGUUAGUGUUUGGCGAAAGCAUUUUGAAUGAUGCAGUCUCCAUUGUCUUAACAAACACAGCGGAAGGCUUGACCAGAGAGAAUAUGUCUGGCGUGAGUGGUUGGCAAACAUUCCUCCAAGCACUGGCAUAUUUCCUGAAGAUGUUUUUUGGUUCAGCAGCUCUCGGAACGCUGACCGGACUGAUUUCUGCAUUAGUUUUGAAGCAUCUGGAUUUAAGGAAAACUCCCUCUUUGGAAUUUAGCAUGAUGAUUAUUUUUGCUUAUCUUCCAUAUGGACUUUCAGAAGGCAUUUCACUGUCAGGUAUCAUGGCAAUCCUGUUUUCCGGCAUUGUAAUGUCUCAUUACACACAUCAUAACCUGUCUCCAGUUACACAGAUUUUAAUGCAGCAGACAUUAAGGACUGUUGCAUUUCUUUGUGAAACCUGUGUGUUUGCAUUUCUUGGUCUUUCAAUAUUUAGUUUCCCCCACAAGCUUGAGAUUUCUUUUGUCAUCUGGUGCAUUGUGCUUGUUUUGUUUGGAAGAGCAGUCAAUAUUUUUCCUCUUUCUUAUCUGCUCAAUUUUUUCCGGGACCAUAAAAUUACCCCAAAAAUGAUGUUCAUCAUGUGGUUCAGUGGUUUGCGAGGUGCUAUUCCAUAUGCUCUGAGCCUUCACUUGGAGCUAGAACCAAUUGAAAAGCGACAACUUAUAGGGACGACCACUAUAAUCAUUGUGCUCUUCACUAUACUCCUAUUGGGAGGGGGCACUAUGCCACUCAUUCGUCUGAUUGACAUUGAGGACUCCAAAGCACGGAGAAGGAGUAAAAAAGAUAUCAACCUCAGCAAGACAGAAAAAAUGGGUAAUACAGUUGAAUCUGAACAUUUAUCAGAACUUACAGAAGAAGAGUAUGAAUCCCAGUACAUCAAACAGCAUGACCUUAAAGGUUUUAUGUGGCUGGAUGCCAAAUAUUUAAACCCCUUCUUCACCAGAAGGCUGACACAGGAGGACCUCCAUCACGGUCGUAUACAGAUGAAAACCCUCACAAACAAAUGGUAUGAAGAGGUGCGGCAAGGACCUUCUGGAUCAGAAGAUGAUGAGCAGGAGCUGCUUUAGAAUAUUGUGAUGUAAACGCUUCUCUGACAUUAAUUAGCUGCAAGUUAUACAUGUACUAUCUGGGUUAAUUGGUCGUACUGAGGAGCUUGCACCCAAGUGAGGUUAAGCAACGUACUUUUAUAACAAAGGCGAUUUGUGCCUGGAACACUACACCAGUAGCGUAAGAAAUGUAAUUCUAAUCACUGUUAUGAAUGUAAAUUAGCUUUUUUACUGAAUUUAACCAAAGUGAUAUGAGAUUCUAUGAAAGAGCUUUAAGCCUUUUAAACUACACAGACGCUCUUUGGCUAAAUUGUCACAGAAACUUCUUAUAAUUUUCUUUUAAUAGCGGGAACAUGAAGGGUGGUUGAAUGUUAACUAGGGAUACAUGUUUAACCGGGAGAAUACAAUGCAUCUUACACGUACUGUUUUUGUUUACACAUUUUAAACAUUAGACAUUGCAGUCACCUAGAUCAUUAAUGUUAAUUGUCAAUGAAACAUGCGUAUUUAUGUAAAAUCCAGCUCUGGUACAUAUAGGUUGCUAUAGGCUUUAUCAGAUCAAACUUUACUUUAAACUAACUUUAUGACAGUGGCUAGUUGUUGACGGUGGACUAAAGCUCAUAUUGUCUCCUCCGGAUAAGGCAAAUGGGUGAAGUUUGACUAUAGAAAAACAAUUGCAUUGAAAAAUGUGUAUUUAUUUGUUUUAAAAACAUUAAGACUUGGCUAGUAUGUUACUCUAUAGCAACACAACAACAAUUUGUUGUAAUUAGAAAAUGUUUACUGUCUUAAGAUUUUCGCCUUUUUUGUUGUUGUUAAUGAAGGGAAAAAUGACAACCCUGUCAGUAUAUACAAGCUUCUUAUUGUGUAUUUUACACUGUGUGACACUUUUAAACAGAACAUUACUUUUUUGUUUAGUAAUGUAACCUUUUUAAGGAGAAAUUUGCCAUCUGAAAGAGCAUCUUUUAAAACUAAUUACUUUUUUUUUUUUUUUAAAACCUAUUUAACUUUCAGUAUAACAUAGUCUGUCCUUGUUACCCAAUACAGAUGUGGCCCAUGUUUAUAAUAACUUAUGAGCAAUGAAUGCCCAACGUAUCUGAUGUUUACAAAUGAUUUUACAUAUUUUUAUGAAAAACUGUGUUGCCAUUUCUUAUGUAUGGUAGAAAUUGUUUGUCCUUUAUUAUUUUUUCCCAUUUAAAACUGCACUCAAUUUUUCUCUUUUUGGUAAAUAAUCACUAGGAAUGGAUGAGAAGGCUUCCAAGAUAUUAAUAUGUAUAUUAAAAAGAAUAAAUUGAACUAAUAGGGGCCGAAUGGCCCUGAAUGUAACCGUUUCCGCACGAGACUUCAGGCUCACCAGAAACAGGAGUCUUAAGACCGCUGCUUCUUAACUCGUAUGCCUCUUUGAGGCGGCGGACAUCAAUCCACCCGAAGGCAUACAAUCGGGAUGAUUGACACCACCCGAUUGGCUGCAAAUCUGCAGGGGGCGGUAUUGCACAAGCAGUUAACCAGAACUGCUUGUGCAAUGAUAAAUGCCGACAGCGUAAAUGUCCGCUCACACUUUGUUAAAUAGGCCCCAUAGUAUUCUAGAGCUUAACCAAAAAAGGCAG